AUCCCCUAAAAUAUCUCCCUGAGCCCUCGCCGUUGUUUGUUUAAACGUCGGCGGCCACUAGCCUUUCCUCCUCCCGAUUACGAACGCAAUGAUACUCAAGACCCUCAGCCGCCUCCACACCCUUCCUCUCGCCUCUCUCUUUUCCCCUACUCUCUCUCCAAAAUCCUCUCCCCACUUUCUCCCCAUUUCAUCCCCGCUUUCGCAUUCCACCGCCCCGAAUCGCUCCCCAUCCCUCCUUGCUUCUGUUUCCAACACCACCGCCAAGACAUCAAUCUCCGAUUCUGCUCGAUUUGCCCGCACGGUUCUGUUUGUUCCUCCUGGAGUCGACGCUGAUGAGGUGUCCGAAGAAAUGAUACUUCCAGGCUCCAAUAUUGUGCUCGGCCCUUACGCCGGCGACUCUCGCGUCAAGGAGGUUGAGUUCGUCAAGAGCAGCGCUCGAGCUAGGGAUUGCCCUAAAGAUAACAAACCGGAAUUCGCGAUUCUUGGUCGUUCCAAUGUCGGAAAAUCUUCCCUUAUUAAUGCUCUUGUUCGGAAAAAGGAAGUUGCUCUUACAUCCAAGAAGCCAGGGAAGACGCAGCUGAUUAAUCACUUCUUGGUGAAUAAAAGCUGGUACAUAGUGGACUUACCGGGUUAUGGUUUUGCCAAAGCCUCGGAAACUGCUCGAAUGGAUUGGUCCUCAUUCACAAAAGGGUAUUUUAUAAACCGAGAUACUUUAGUAGCGGUGCUGCUUCUUGUUGAUGCAAGUGUUCCACCUCAAAAAAUAGACUUAGAUUGCGCGAAUUGGCUCGGUCGCAACAAUAUACCUUUGACCUUUGUAUUCACGAAGUGCGACAAAAUGAAGGUGAGCAAAGGAAAAAGGCCGGACGAGAACAUCAGGGACUUUCAACAACUUAUUAGACAGAAUUACAAGGUACAUCCUUCUUGGAUCAUGACUAGUAGUGUCACAGGUUUAGGUCGCGAUGAAUUACUUCUACACAUGUCCCAACUGAGGAAUUACUGGGAUCAAUAAGUAUCGACUUAGAGCCUCUUUUUGGUUGACAAAACCAGCUAUCCAUAUUGUCUAAUAUAUCUAUCGCAACCAAAAGUUCCACAAUUAUUUGGCUAUUUUUGUUACUAAUUUAACGUACAAGUUCGUUAGAAGGUCCCUUAGAGAGAUCAAAAUGUAUAUACGUUCGUGUGUUCUUAUAUCAGCCAUUCGGCACUGGUAGAAGUAGUUUUGUGGAAGUUUUAA